UUGGAUUUAUUUAUUUGUACAAAAAACUGAUCAAUAUCAACUUCCUUUAAUUGCAAAGUUUAAAAACCGUAGGUUUGGACCAAACCAGUCAGCCAGCCUAAAGCAAUGGCGACGCCUGCGGUUACCCCUACUUCGAACCGCCAAUCCACCACCGCCUCCAGCACCGUAGCAUCCCCUGAUACGGGGGCCUUCGUUACCACCCCUGCUUUCCGCAACUUUGUAAACCAAAUCUCGGAGAAUGUACGGAAUGGCCUUUCCCACCGCCGUCCUUGGCACGAGAUGGUUGCCCGCUCCGCCAUCUCCAAGCCGGAUUCCUUCUCGGAAGCCACCCUCCGCGUCCGCAAGAACUACGCCUAUUUCCGGACGAAUUACCACAUUCUCACCGCCGCGGUGAUCGGAAUCUCGCUCAUGAGCAAUCCGCUCACCCUCUUCCUCCUCGUCGCCCUCCUCGCCGGCUGGCUUUUCCUCUACAUCUUCCGCCCUGCCGAUCAACCUCUCGUCCUCUUCGGCCGCGAGUUCUCCGAUUUUGAAAUCCUCGCCGGCCUCGUCGUGUCGACCCUGUUCGUCGUCUUCCUGACCAGUGUCGGAUCCGUUCUGGUCUCAGCCUUGUUUGUGAGCGUCGCCAUUGUUUGCGUCCAUGCCGCUUUUCGUGUUCCCGAAGAUUUCUACUUCGACGAACAACACACGGCUCCCGCCAUUGGGAUCAUCUCUUUGUUGACCGGCGGCGCAGCCACAAACGGUGCGGCUCCGCCUCCUCCUGCCGCUGUAGCUCGCGUUUGAAUCUACUAAGUGCAGAUGAUUUGAUUGGUUGAUAUGGUGGUAAUUAAUCAAUGGUGCUGUAGAACUCGAUAUCUCAUACGGAGACACGGAGUACCAAAAUUCUCAAAUUUGCUCAUAAUUUCAGUUAUGUCCAUUCAAUCUUCACAUUAAAAUGUCCAAAUUAAACAUGUUUACUUAGUUUAAUGGUAUAUAUGGAUACAUAUACUUAUUCCAUCAUCAGAUAGUAUUAAUCUUUACUUGAAAUACUACGUAUUAAAGUAUAUGUAUAAAAG